GGAUAAAUCAAGUGAAGUCUAGAUUAAUAUCAGCUCACUAUAUCCAUAUUUCAUUUUGUUGAUCGGGUUCCUGUCCUAAGUGAGGCUUUCCCAUACACACAACUUUACAUCUUUCCUUCCUUAACCUUCCGAGGUCUCUUCUUGCAUGUGCCAAUCAAGAGGUUCUCAGCAAAAGCUGUAUAAUAUUCAUCCAGUCGAUUUCUAUUCCAUCUCAACUUCACUACACUACACUUCACUUCGCUUCUAUUCUAAUAUAUAUCAUUGCAGUGCUCGAAGGCUACAUGAUAUUUCUCUCUCGAGCGCUCAAGAUUGACCUGGCCGUAUAAUCAUUUAAUCGUAAUAGACUCUCUUUUCCACACGUUACCUUCCCAUUCAACCUUUUCAAAAGAUUUCUAUUGCUUUUCCUUUCUCAAUAUGUUUACCUCUUAUAUCAAAAACAAUCCGUCAAUGGAUCCUCAAGUUCUACGAAUGAUAUACAGACCACAAUCUACCAUGAUUUCACCAUCUCAAGAACCACUCAACCAUUUUCAUCUUUUCCCAAAACUUUUACCUGAACUCCGAAUCCUCGUCUGGCGAUAUGCCUGCACAACUCGCACCGUCGAAGUUCGAUACGAUCCUACCAUCGAUCGAUGUCGUUCAAUAACUCCACCUCCUGCCAUCCUCCAAGCUAAUCACGAAUCACGAACCGAAGCUUUACGUGUAUACACUCUCUCUUUCGCAACAAAGACCUCCGAACCAAGAAUUUAUUUCAAUCCUUACAUCGAUGUUCUUUAUCUUCCUCGGCAUCGUGCUAUGGGAUAUGAUGAAACCCUCCGCGACUUUCGUGCCUUUUUAAAUGCACCAGAACUUCUCGAUGAUGUCAAAGCUAUUGGAAUCGAUCAUGUGGAUGUGGAAAUCAAGAGACCCUGGGAAUCAUACAAUAAAGCGACCUUGAUGCGAUCUUUUCCGAAUCUCGACUUGGUUAAACUUAUCAUUAAAGAGGAGAGAAGACCAUGCGGCAAAUUGGAUGAGAAUUUCGAAUUUGUCGAACCGAGGAUGGAACCAGAGGAUAUAUUAAGAAUAUGGGUGGAUUUCAAACAAAGUUUCGUGAGGGAAGAAAGAACUUUGAAGGAAAUCGCUAUGGGUCUUGAGAAAGAAUAUAUGGGGUGGGCCUUACCGACUGUGAGGGUACAGACGAAGGUUAAAAAGGGAAUUGUAUAAAAGAAAUAAGGCACGGAGUAAUUGGGUAUUAGCUGGUGUAUUUCAUAUGGUAUACCCAAAGCGUUGGCGCAUACUUAGAAUGGAAAUCGAAUGGAUUUUGGGCGCAAGCAAGGCUUCUUUAAUGGUGGUUUUUAUCGUUCAUUUUCUUUUUGCCGUUUUCUUCCUGGCGCGAAUAUGGAACGCGCAUGAUUGGGAAAGAAAACUGGCACUUUCAACGAUGAAAUGGAGGAAAGUCUUUCAGAGAUAGUCAGUCAUAUUCAACAGUGGGCGAAUAAUAUUCAAGGCCUUUAAAUACUAUUAAUAUAUAAGUAUCAAGAGAGUCAAAGCAGUGUCAGAAUUCAAAACCAUCUAGAGAAAACCUAGAUAUGAAGAAGAAAACUACUAGUUUUAGUAUGUUCCUACAUACAGAGCAGAGAUUCAAACUCGUCUGAUGAAUAAGACAACGUUAGAUGUAGGUAGUCGAGUAAUCUUUCUUGUAUGUAUAGUAGAUUAUAUAAGAUAUCUACCCUAGUGAUUUGGCA